AUGGCUGAAGCACUUGUUUCUGUUGUCUUGGAGCAGUUGGCUUCAUUCGCUCGUCAACAGAUUGAUGGACAGUUGACGCUGGUGGCGGGUGUUGAUGACCAAGUCCGAAAGCUCACCAGCCAUUUCCAGGCCAUUCGAGCUGUCCUUGAAGAUGCAGAGAGCAGACAAUUCAAGGAUAGUGGUGUGAGGGAUUGGCUGGAUAAGCUUAAAGAGGCAUCUUAUGAUAUAGAUGAUGUGUUGGAUGAGUGGAACACUUCUAUUGGGAAAUUACAACUUAAGGAAGUUAGAAAUGCCUCCAAGCCUAUGAUAAAAAAGGUAUGUUCCCUCAUCCCCUGUUAUAGCUUUUGUUUUAGAAAAGUUAUCUUGCCUUGUGCCAUUGCUCGCAAGAUAAAAGAUCUGAAUAAAACGAUAGAUGUUAUUGCUGUAGAAAAAAAUAUGUUUGGUUUUAGUUUGAAAGAGGGCAACGUAGAAGUAAGACGACCAACGACUACAUCUCUUAUAGAUGUGCCAAUGGUCCAUGGGAGAGGUACUGAUAGGGAUGAAUUAUUAAACAAGUUGUUGAAUAAGAGUAGUCAUGAACCAGCCAUUUCUAUCAUUUCUAUUGUAGGGAUGGGAGGAAUAGGUAAGACUACUCUUGCUCAAUUAGUUUUUAAUGAUAAUAAAGUAAAAGUCCAUUUUGAUGAAAGGAUAUGGGUGUGUGUCUCGGAACCUUUCGAUGAGACAAGGAUUGCAAAAGCAAUCCUCGAAUCUCUAGUAAAAAAUCCUUUAGAAAGGGCAUUAGUUGAAUUAGAAAAUAUUUUGCAAAAAAUUAGUCAAUCUCUUGAGGGAAAGAAGUUUUUUCUCGUCCUAGAUGAUGUAUGGACUGAGGAUCCCAAAGAUUGGGAACAAUUGAUGAUUGCUUUGAAAUGUGGUUCUCAAGGAAGUAGAAUUCUAAUUACCACACGUAAGCAAAAUGUUGCCGAAACUAUAGGAACCACCAACAUAAUCGUGUUAGGGACAUUAUCAAAAGAUGAGUCUUGGUCGUUAUUUAGUCAAAUUGCAUUUCCAGGUGAAGCCAAUAAAAAAUUAGAAGAUAUUGGUAGAAAAAUUGUAGCCAAAUGCAAGGGCUUACCUCUUGCUAUAAAAACCUUAGGAAGCCUCUUGCGUUUCAAAACAAAUAUUGGAGAGUGGCAAAGUGUUCUAGACAGUGAAAUGUGGGAAAUAGAAGAGGUAGAAAGAGGGAUUUUUCCACCUUUACUAUUAAGCUAUUAUGAUUUGUCUUCUACAUUGAAAAAAUGCUUCUCAUAUUGUGCUAUCUUUCCAAAAGAUUAUGAGAUAGAAAAAGAUGAAUUAAUUAAAUUAUGGAUGGCUCAAAUUUAUCUUAGGGAUGAGCGAAACAAGGACAUGGAAUUAAUUGGUGAGGAAUACUUUGAAAGUUUAGCAGUACGCUCUUUUUUUCAAGAUUUUAAGAAAAAUAAAUAUGAUGGAAGCAUAGAAAGAUAUAAGAUGCAUGAUAUAGUGCAUGAUUUUGCUCAAUUUCUUACCAAAAAUGAAUGUUUUAGUAUAGAGAUAGAGAUUGAGAAGUAUAGUGAGUCUCAAUUAAAGUCUUCAUUAAAAAAUGUUCGACACUCAAUGGUAACACUUAGAGAAGAAAAAUACCUUUUUCCUAUAGAAGGAGAAGGAGCCUCGUUUUCUCUAUGCAUUUAUAAUGAAAAUAAAUUGCGUAGUCUUUUGGUUAAGCGUAAAUAUAAGCCAAACAAGUUGAUUCUGUCCAAAUUAUUUGAUAACUUAAGUCUACGAGCAUUACAGUUUUGCUUCACUGAUAUUCAAGAAAUCCCUAGAGAAAUAAAAAAGAUGAUACAUCUUAGAUAUCUUAAUUUAUCUUAUAAUGACAAUUUAAAAAAAUUGUCAAAGGAAUUAUGUGAUUUAUAUAAUCUACAAACGUUAAACCUUAACAAUUGUGGAAGUCUAAGAAAAUUACCUCAAGAGAUGGGAAAGUUAAUCAACUUGAGGCAUUUGAUAAUUAAUUAUACUAGGAUAGAAUACAUGCCAAAAGGAAUUGAAGGAUUAACUUGUCUUCGAACUUUGGAACAUUUUGUACGGAGUAGUAGUAGCCAUGGUGGUAAAGCAUGUAGUAUUGAAAGUUUGAAAAACUUGAGAAAUCUUCGGUGUCUUGGUAUUUCGAGGUUAGAAAAUGUGGUAGAUGUGGGUGAAGUUAAGAGAUCAAACCUUAGGAAUAAGACAAACCUCCUCUCUUUACUUUUAAAUUUUGCAAUUAGAUAUGAUCACCGACUUAAAACGGAUGAGAGAGAUGAAAUGGUUCUUGAGGCCUUUGAACCACCUCCAAAUUUAGUGAAAUUAUUUUUAGGGAAUUAUGGAGGUAAAACUAUAUGGCCGAAUUGGAUGGUAUCAUUAACUCAAUUGAGGGAGUUAAGACUUUUUAAUUGUUACAAGUGUGAGUAUUUGCCUCCUUUAGGAAAAUUAUCAUCUCUUGAAUCACUCUCUAUAAGAGUUAAGAGUGUAAAAAAAGCGGGUACCGAAUUUUUGGGAACAGAAAAUGAUGGUACUUGCAGAUCUUUUAUUGCCUUUCCCAAAUUAAAAAAUCUUGAGUUUUAUUGGAUGAAUGAAUGGGAAGAGUGGGAUGAUAAUUCUUUGAGAGGAGAUGAAUUAGUUAUUACAAUCAUGCCAUCUCUUUGUUACUUGAAAAUUUCUUAUACCAAUAAAUUAAAAAGGCUGCCCAAUUACAUUCUUCAAUCACCAACACUAAAACAAUUGGAGAUCGAGUACUGCAAUAUUCUAUGUCAGCGUUACAAGAAGGAGACAGGUGAAGAUUGGCACAAGAUCUCUCACAUUCCUGACGUCACCAUCUUCACUAGUAACGUCACAUUCCUGGCACAAGACGAAGACGAGGAAAGUGACGAAGACAGGUAA